ACUGUUCUAGAAAAAAAAUAUUUCUAACUAUUUCUAACCAAAAUAGUUACAUCGAAUAGUAAAAAAUCACGAAUAAUUUUAUAACCGAUACUAAUAACUCCUUUUUACAUCUUUACAUCAAUUGCCUAAAAGAAGCAGAUUUCAUUUAUAUCAGUUGGUUGUUCAUAGGUAAUUUAAACGAGUCUCAGAAAUGCAUAUUCUAGCAAUAGCAAGUUGAGUGAUUAUUUUGGUGUAUUUGGGUACUUGUAAAAUAAAUUGACGAAUGAUUGUGAUUAUCUGAGCUGAAUAAAUGUUAAAUAACAUAAUCUUGUGAACAAGAAGACAACAACAAAACAGAAAUAUGUCUGGUGUGCCGAAUGAUUGGCAAUUAGAAUGCGUCGAAGUGAAGCAAAGGGGAGAAUAUCUCCUGAAGUCUGGGCAGUGGUCAGACUGUACAUUCUUGGUGGGAACAGAUCCCGACCAAGUGGUUAUUGCUGGCCAUAAGCUGAUUUUGGCGAUGGCAUCUCCAGUUUUCGAGGCGAUGUUCUAUGGUGGUAUGGCAGAGAGGAAUGAGCCCAUACCUAUACUAGAUGUGCAGCCUGAGGCUUUUAGAGCUCUGUUAGAGUACAUAUACACAGAUAAUAUCAACAUCAGCUCGUUCGAUAAGGCCUGUGAGUUGUGCUAUGGAGCUAAGAAGUACAUGCUGCCGCACCUGGUGAAGGAAUGUACUAGGUACCUGUGGUCAGACCUGUAUCCACGGAAUGCCUGUCGUGCCUAUGAGUUUGCAAGGCUCUUUGAAGAAAAUGUACUAAUGGAUAAAUGCAUACAGAUCAUCAGUACAAACACCAAGGAGGUUUUAAACGACAUCAGUUUUGAAGAUGUGGAGUUGAACACAGUGAUGACAGUGUUUUCCUUAGACCAUUUGAAUGUGGACAGUGAACUGGACUUGUUUAAUGCUGCUGUCAGGUAUGCCAAGGCUCAGGACAAGAGGAACUCGGAGAGGAGCAUGUCUCCACCUUCAGAUAUUGGACCUCCUAACGAGAAGAGACCUAAAAGCCCUGAACCUUCUACUUCUAAAGAUAAACCACAGGUGGUGAAUGUUGAAAGUAGUGCUGAGAACAGUCCAGAAGCAGUGAUGGAGCCUGCAAAGUCCAGCGAGAACUCUGACCAGCCUCUACCCGGACCUUCAGAUGAGAGCAAGAAGAACAGACCCGAUCCUAAAACUGACAAACCAACGAUUCGGAAAGCCAUUGAGAAGAUUCGUUUCUUGACCCUGACGCCGCAGCAGUUUGCGGAGGGACCAGCUCGUUCCUCACUACUCACCGAAUCGGAAGCGUUUGCAGUUCUCAUGAAUAUUCUAUCCAGCACUUCAGAUGUGGCCAUGCCAAGCGGCUUCUCUACCUGCAGAGUGCCCAGGAAGCAGCUUAUUGGCGAUGGACCAUCUUCUAAUAUGGCAACAUUAACGGUGGACACUCCAAGUCCAGUGAUGAUGGACCAAGUGUUCGGAGCGCCGUCACAUCUCGCCUGCCUACCUCCCUACCCCAGGCCUACGCGACACGAUGUAGGUACGAGGCAUUCAGCAAUAGUCCAGAACAUGAAUCUAGCGGCUGGAAUGGGAGUUGGGAUAGGAGCAGGCGUGGGCGUGGGAGUGGGCGUGGGCCUGCCCGUGGCCGAGCUGCCCCACCUGGACCGGCACGGCGCCGACUACAACAAGAUCUACUGCCAGCGACCUAUCAUCCAGCACACGGACUGUCUCAACACUUCUGUACUCGACUGCUCCGUCACUUUUAUGGUGGAUAAGAACAUCUGUCUUCUUGGUGUGCAGGUGCCAACUCAAGCCCCAAGCGAGGAGAGCGGAGUGUCAAUGGCGGGCGGCGGCGGCGGCUCGUACUGCGAGCUACUAUACGCGCACCUACUCGACGCGGACGGGGCCAGGCUCACCUACACCCACUACACGAGCCGCGUGCCUUACCGACAUCUGCUCGAUAUCAUGUUCAACCGACCUGUCUACAUACAGAGAAACAAGGUGUACAAAGUGGGCAUAGUAUUCAACAAGGUGGGUUGGUAUCCCAUGGGCACCUGUGCCCAGCAAGUAGCAGCUGAGUCCGUCUUCUUCAACUUUGGCAUCGGACAGAGCUCCGACUCAGUCCGAGAUGGACUCAUAAGGUCCAUUAUUUUCACAUACUAGCAUAGACUACCACCCGAUCUUUGCUUCGUUGUCUAAUGACGGACAAAAGGUUGCUGGUGAUAUAAAUAUAAGUACUCCUAAAGUAUUACAGGACUGGUGGUCUCUUGACCAAAGCUUCCAUCAAUUUUGUUUCUUAUGUGUGUGAGAAUAAAAUACAAUUUUAUGUGACAAGAACAGAAUAACGCAAUAUUUAUAUAGAAUUGGUAUCUGUUCAUAAACUCUGACUUUUAUAAUCGCGAAAUUAAGUGAAUAUAUAGUGUUUUUCAAAUAUAAGCUUAAGGUGUAUGCCAAAGUUUUGUUAAUUGUUAUAAGCGUCAGUGUGUGUGUACUGUAUAUUGUAUAUUUUUUAUUGUAACCAAUUUUCAAAUACAUAGGAUAGUCAAUUUUAUAGUCAACAGUUGAAGUUUUCCAUGAUAUUGUCAAGUAUUCAUUCGAAUUAUUUAUUAUAUUUUCGGCUUAAUCACGUAAUUGGGUACUUGCCAUCCAGUCAAAUUCAAUACUUAAUUCGA